AUAUUUACCCAAUGUUAGCAGUAUACGCCUUUGUACGUCGACUGUCCUGCUUACGACGCACAACUCGUAUUUACGUUUCCAGGCUGCAGACGACUAAAUUGGUGUGCAGUUCGAAUUUCAAAGACAAUCGUCAAUUCACCAUGUCUACUGUCACAUCUCUCGGGAGUUCCUGGUUGAAGGAGAUCCUGGAGGAACAAUCAACACAGAAUCACUACAUAGAAUACAGGACAUUUUUCAGCAACCACAUUGCGCAUGGCAUCAUCGCCAUAGAGAGGCUAGGGGGUGACCAAAACCGAGUGAAAAGGUUCGUUGACGACUAUAAGAAUAAAGUAAAUCUUGAACCGCCAAAUCACCCACGUCAUAACGACGAAAGUACUGACGCAGACCCCGCAACGGAUGACGAACUUCACAAACUCCUUGGACAAAGAAAAUUGUUCUACAAAUUACGAAAUCGGUAUAUCAUGAAACUCAAAGAAUAUGGCUCUUUGGAGGAAAUUUUGAGAGCCGAGUUUCCUAAUUUGAGUCGAGGGUUAGUGUGCUCAGCGGCGCAUGGAUUAAUACACACGGGGUAUGGCUACAGCGCACGUUGUCCAACAACCGUCACCGAAGGUCUAGCAUAUCUUCAUCACUCCUGCAAACCAUUAAUAUUUGACGAGAAAAACUCAGACAAUGACAUUAGCCAUUUUGGAAAAGGAGAUACAGACAUUUUGGUCAUACUUGAGGAAUUGGCUAAGGACGAACAAUUAAGAAUAUUUAUGAAAGAAGAAGCCGUGAAGCUGUCAAAAAGUGAUUGGGCAUCUGGAGGAUUUCAAUACAAAGUGGCUGCUCUCAUGAGUGUUGGUGACAAUCUACUGAAGUAUGCGUACAAAAUCAAAGUACCAGUAAUGGAGAGUUUUAAGGAUGAAGCUGACCUGGUCGUGGCAGUCGCUGAUUGGUUACUUAACCAAUCCAUUGCUGUUUAUGCAUUAUCUGACAUGAAAAACAACUUCUUUCUUCUUCAUGGCGUCACAGCUGCUUGGUCAUUACGUCAGAUCAUCCCUGUAUUAAAACCUGCAGAUGCCGUUGAUGCAUUGAGAACAUUUACAUGUGCUUUGUUAGCGGUGUACGUCUCACAGGAAUGUCCUGCACUAACGAAUAAGCCGAAGGUCCCACAAAGUGACGUCACAGCCUCUGAUUGGACGGACGUCAUCAACGAAGUUUUAUCACGUGACACUGACGAACAUAUCUAUAAACUUGUACAGGUGUGUCAUGACCUUUGGCGUGAAAAGGACUGUUCAAACAUGGCGGACAUCUAUUUACAUGCUGCUCAAACGAGCAUGGAUAACGACCUCAGCUUCGGUAACGUUAGUUAAUUUUAGAAACUGGACUUUUAUCCAACAUCCGAUAGGAAUAAUCAUAUGAAAUCGGAUUUCAAAGUGUAAAAUAAUGUAAUCAAUUAGACGCACUAAUACUAUAAUCAUAGAUCCGUAGUUCAUGACUUAUUGACUGCAAUGUUGCAGUAGCACAAGUUUAAACUAAGGUAUGUUGUUUUACUAGUCUCGACAAUGCGGACGUGUGCCAAUCGGUUUUCAGAGUUACAUCAGGGGCCACUUAACAUCUCAACACCUUCAAGGAGUUAUUCCUAUUUGGUAUGCAUCGUACCUGAUUUGGUUUGCACAUAUGACUGAAAAAUAUGCUGCAUUUAAGGCAGGAUAUCAGUACCUCACUUGUCCGUCUUUCUUGAAAAAUAUGUGAUAUACAUAUAUUCACAGUGAAACCAUGAAAUAAACACAGGUACAUAUACUUCUAGAAUUAAAAUCAAAUUCCACCUGGCUCACAGCUGCUACCAAAAUUUAUAAUGCAGAAACCGAUAUAUUCCGGAUAUUCAUCUGAUGGUUUAAAUAUAUUUAUUAUAUUUGUAGAUGUUUAAGAAAACAGGAAAGGUUUUGAUUGUUCAGAGUGAAAAAAUCUCUUCUGUCACUACUUUGUUAACAUCUGUGCCGACAAUAUUUUAUCACUUUGAUAAAGGAAUAUAUAUAUAUAUAUAUAUGUAUAUAUAUAUAUGUGUGUGUGUGUGUGUGUGUGAGGGUGUGUGUAUGUGACUGCUAGAUGUAAAUAUAAACAACUCUCAUACUGUGCAUUUAUUUUCAA